CAGUAAUGGCGAGCGGAAAGAAGAACACACUGCUUUCUUCUCUGGCUGCUUAUGGGGACGAUUCGGAGCAGGAUUCCGACCUUGACAUCGAAGAGACAGAGAGCCAUGGUGGUCUUGUAUCUGCCAGUUAUGGGGAGGAUGACGUGAGCCGAACAGAAGAUCGAGAUGACAAGGGCUCGGGAGAUGAAGACAGCAUCGACAGCUCCAGGAAUUCGGAUAUUUCUGAGAGUGGGAAAAAAGACCCCAAUGAGCUGGUUGCUCAGUUUUCUGAAAAAGUAAGGAACAUGUCACCUGAUGAAAUCCGGAUCCCACCCGAUCCCCCAGGACGAUGCUCCUCCCACUUACAGGAGAAGAUUCAGAAGCUGUAUGAGCGCAAGCUGCAUGGCGACUUUGACACCAACAGUCACAUCCAGAAGAAGAAGGAGUUCCGCAACCCUAGCAUUUAUGAAAAACUCAUUCAGUACUGUGGCAUCGAUGAACUUGGAACAAACUAUCCAAAGGACAUGUUUGAUCCACAUGGCUGGUCUGAGGACUCCUAUUAUGAAGCUCUAGCCAAAGCUCAGAAGGUAGAGAUGGACAAACUGGAGAAGGCUAAGAAAGAGAGGACUAAGAUUGAGUUUGUGACCGGCACAAAAAAGGGUACAACCACCAAUGCUGCAGCCCCCACCACCACCACUACCAGCACAACAUCAACAGAAGCCCAGAAGAGAAAGAGCAAAUGGGACUCAGCAGUCCCAGUGACUCUGGCCCAGCCGGCAUUGCUCACCACCACUGCUACGUUGCCUGGAGUCGUUUCUGUUACCACAACAGCCAGUGGCACCAAAACCACAGUGAUCUCUGCUGUUGGAACCAUUGUAAAGAAGGCCAAGCAGUGAAGGUGUAGUGUUCUAGGCCCACAGAUGUGAUGAUGCCACAUGCUCACUUCCAAUGUGCACCUGAGGCUUAUGAUUCUCAGAAAGACCAUUCAUCUCCAUGUUCGAUUUCUCCAUAAUCCCUCUAACUUCCAACAUUAUUGCAAUUGUUGCAGCAGCCCCCUUUGUUGCUGACAUUGCUCUUAAUUUAAACUGGCUUUCUGUUGUCCGCUAUAACCAGUGUGCUGCCACAAUGUGGUGUAUGAGCACAGAACACUGACAUGCAUCUGACAGCAUGCAUUAGAAUAAAGACCUACAAUAGAUGGUCUUCUCUCAGGGUCACUGGUUCUAUUGAAAGCGCAAUAAACAGAGAGGACUUCAGAGUGGCCUCAGUCCCCAUGGCUACUCAGGAACUAGGAUGGGAUGGAAUGUUCCAUGUUGCAUGUUACAAAAUCAUUUUUGUAAUUUUUCCCUUUUGCUGAUUUUGUAUAUUGCUGAGAAGAUUGGCUUUAAACCCUGGUUUUUCUUUGGGUCUUGUGAGAACAGUUAUACCUGACUUAUCAGCUGGAUAAGUAUGUCAAGGACCUUGUCAUUUCUUAAAUUAACAAGGACAGAUUUCUGAGACACCAAGCAUUUUUCUUUAAACCUACCAUCCCAGUGUACCAGUGGGGGUGAACUUCAUCAGGGGAACCACUUUACUCUGAAAAUUGCCAUUGCUGUAUUUACAUGGGAAGUGACAUUGUAAGUUGUAUUUUAUUUUUAUUUUAACUUUCUGUUAAAAAGAUGUUUUGGUAAUAUUUUUACACAAAAUGUAAUGCUGAUGUCUGUAGAGGAAUAAAAUGUCUACCUGCAUUAGAAUCAGUUUUUUUUCUUUCAUAUGAGUGAUAAACUUAUCAAAUAUACAUAAUACAGAAUUCUACUUUUAAGUUCUCACACAAACAAAUGUUUACACUUUGUGUGUGCCUGUCUUUGUGUGUGUAUGUGUGUAUAUAUACACACACUGUGUAAUAUCCAUGCCUUGAAAACAAAGUAUCUAAUUAGGAGUUCAGCCAUUAUUUAACUUAUUUUAUCUGUAUUAAUGUAACACUUGUUUUAGUACCUGUGAAGGCCAGGAACUACAUGAUGUAAUCACUGAUGAUAAGCUCAUUUCAUUUCUCAGAUUGAAGUAGGCUGAAAUGGGUUUAGAAACAAAUUGGUUGUGUAACACCUUGUUCUGAAUUACAUAAUGUCUGUAUAUUAUGAAGUGAAGUGCAUUAGUGAAAUAGCCCUGGACUCAUUGGUAAUACAAAUUUGGAUUCACAUUACAGUUUUUAAAUUUAGGGUUUAAAGGAAUAUUUUCUUUGUGGUUUGGAUCUGUUGGUUGAGUGUUUUGGCCCUCAUGCAUUGGCAUGAAUCAGUUCAAGGAGAAUGCUUACGGAUUUGGUCUGUCCAGCAGCUCAAGAAUGCAUCCAUGCUCCAGGUGGGCACAUUAUUUAUUCCCUCCUCUCCAGUUAUAGACAUCUUCACAUCUGGUUUCCAUAGAACACAACUGAUAAGAAACAAGUUGUUCUUUGAAAUGCUGUGAGGGUUCAAAGUGAAUAUGUAGAUGGCUCUAGAUACAUCCUGAG